CGGAAGUUAGCGAACUGUAGUAGUCAAAUUUCCGCGGGGCAUUUCUUUGCUCCUUUCUGAAGUGUUUUCAAUUAGCUGUUUUAGUAUAAUAAUCGUCUUUUUUGGAUAAAACAUUCACAUAGGAAUGUCUCUUAGUGCUGUUCACGGGACUUUGUCUAGCCUGAAGGCAUGUCAAGCGGACAUCGGGACAGGAAUGGACAUAGUGACGGACGUUGCUAUGGACCUGGCUGAAACUCACAGUGAAGCAGGAAACCGUGGCGUUGCAGAUUUGGAGGCCAUGAUCCUGGAGUGUGCAAAACUGGACAGGGAGAUCAACUUCUUUGUGGAUGUUGUUCAACAAGUAACAACAGAGGCUACUACGCAGCAGCCAGAGGCCAUGUUCAGCCUGGCAGCCAAGGUGAAGGAGCAGUUUCAAGCGAGAACCGCCCAGCUCUCUGACGCAGAGCUGCAAAACCAUCAGAAAGUGGUAGCCUUCAAGGACAGCAUCAAGAACUCUGCAAACCAAGCCAAUACAGAGCCAGAAGAGGACAUGGAGGAGCUCGAUGAGGACAUUGCUGUUACACAGAGCCAAGUUAACUUCAUCUGCCCACUCACACAGGUGGAAAUGGUGAAGCCAGUGAAGAACAAGACCUGUAACCAUAAUUAUGAGGAAGAAGCCAUACGGGGUCUGAUCAAAAAUAAACGCAUCCAGAAAAAGAAAUGCCGCUGUCCUGUUGUCGGCUGUGGAAACUCGGAUGUUAAAGAGUCAGAUCUGGUUCCUGAUCAGUUGCUGAGAAGACAAAUCCAGAGCCAAAAAAGACAAAGCAACCGCACAUAAUCUCUACAUCUUCACUGGCACUAAAAUAUCACCCAGAAAGCCAUUCCUUAUAGCUAAUUACUUUGAUUUAAUGGAGAAAUAUUUUGUUUGGAGAGUGUGGGGACAGCAGACUCAAUGAGGUUUUUCCCCCAUGUUUUUUGUAAGACAUUAUUGUUUUAUUCAGAGUUCUGCACCUCUUUUAAAGACCCUGUUGUCCAAUUGAAUUACAAGUUUAUAAGUAAUGCCUUGCUUGUUCAGAGUGUUUAUUUGAACUUCAGACGUGUCGAAUGUAAAUAAAAGCUAAAGAGUUUUUUUGUGUUAAAAUAAAACAAAUUUUGUAAACUUA